AUGAGUAUUCGUUCUUCCCUGUUGCUCUAUUCUCUUUGUGCUUCUUCUUUGGCACUCAAAGGAAACCACCAUCAGAUCGUUCGAAAAGGAAUCAGAUUGUUGGCAUCGUCGUUAUCAUCCAACAUUACCCAACAAUUCAAAUUCAUUCAACACUCCACUUCCUAUCAUUCCGGUGCCAUUAAAUGUUUCUCUACGUUUGGCAACAAACUUCAAAUUGAUCCUAUCACGGCCAUUGCUAAAGAAGCUGAAAAGUAUGCUCCUAAAAACGUAUUGCAAAUUGAAGAUAGAAUUUAUCAAAUGGAGUCCGAGCUAAAUUAUAAUCAAAACAACAUUUCCGAGCAAGCAUUGUGCGAUAUUUAUGACGAGUUGAGCGAUCUCUAUUGCAAAAUAUUCAUGUAUGAAAAGGCUGAACGUGCUUUAGCACAAUAUCUUCCUCUGGCAACUAAAAUAUUUGGAGAGAAUAAUUUCAAAACAGGAGAAGCCUAUCACAAACUGAGCAUGAUUAAUGUUGCUGUUGAUAAAUUAAAAUUGGCAUACCAACAUCAAUCAAAGUGCAUCGAAAUUAAGACUAAAGCAUUCUUGGAAGCACAAAAAUCUUUAUCCAAGCAAGAAAUUGCAGAAUACAGCUUUGACCUUUCAUCGGAGUGGAAUUACUUGGGUGAAAUCGCUCUCAAGCAAAGCAAUUUGCCUGAUGCUAAAAAAACAUUCCAAAAGGCAAUCAAAUUGUUCGAACAAACAAUUAAUCCAAUUUAUAAGAAAGAUGAAAGAGAAAUUAGAAAUGAAUAUGAAAAGGCAAAGAACCUCUCAAAGCCUUUUAUGGAGCUUAAAGAUGUCCCAAUGAAAGAAUCUAAAGAGUAUGCUGAAUACAAGUCCAAAUUACCAAAGAGCAACAUUCAUGAAUUGGAGUUUGUACCCAUUAAUUUAUUAAGAGCACUCGAUAAUCUUGGUACUGUUCAUUAUCGUAUGAAAGAAUACGAAGAAGCUUAUUUCGUCUUCAAUAAGGCUGUUCAAUUCCAAGACUAUUUUGUAAAACUCGAGAACGACUCAUCUUCUGUCACAAUUACUGAAGAUGCGUUUGAAAUUAUUGGAAACGCUUAUUUGAACAUGGCAAACUGUGCUUUGUAUUUAGAAAUGGCAGACAAGUCUGAAGAGCUUUAUCAAUAUGCUAUCAAGUUUAUUCAAAAAGUGUUAGGUGAAAAACAUCCCAAGAUUGGAAGUUUGUAUUAUUCCUUAGGUGUUUUGCAUGCUUCUCGAGGAGAUUUCCAACACUCUGAAGAUUAUACCAAGAAAGCUUUAGAGAUCUUUUCCAUGUCAGACUCUGAUGUAGACUUACCACACUCAGAACAAAUUAGAAAGCUUGUAGAAACAGGAAAGUGUUAUCUUACCCUAGGAACAUUAUACUUGAAUCGAAAAGACUUUUCAAAUGCUGAAGACAUGCUUAAGAGAUCUUUGGACAUUCACAACAAGAUGAAAUCAGCUGGUUCACAAGACACAAACACUACAUUUGAUAUCGCGUUUAUUUUGAAUAGCUUGGGUAAAAUAUCUGAAGAAAAGAAUUUACCUGAAGAAGCUCUUGCUUAUUACCAAAAGGCAUAUAUCAUUGCCAAGUCUAUUCAAGAUGGAAACAACCACGUGGUUGCCACAGCAUUGAUGAAUAUUGGUAAAUUCUUUUUCCAUCAAGAAAACUAUGAGGAAGCUGAAAAGCACUUCGUUGCUUCCUAUAAGGCAUAUGAUGCAUCUUUUCCAACUCAGUACCAUCCUGAUGUUGGAGAUUUGUGCUUUGAACUUGGUAAAACUUACAUCAAAUUGAAUAUGAACGAAAAAGCAAAGCGAAAAUUCGAAGAGGCAAGAGAUGUUUAUCUUGGCUAUGAAAAUCCAUUAAGUCCAAAAUUAGACAUGGUAUUCAAUGAAAUCAAGAAUGUCUCACAAUUAGUUCAACAAGAUCUUGAAAACAGAAAACAACAAGAUUUAUCAGGAAAAGACAAAGAGAAACUCGAACAGGAUAUUGAUUUUGAACGUCACAGAGAUAGCGACAACCAAGUUAGAGAGAAACUGGUUCAUUUGAAGCGUAAACAAAUGGAAAUGGAAGCAAAUAAGCAAUAA